UGUCCGUGGAAAAGUGGCCCACAAUUUACCAGACACUGCCAAUAUGGCCAGUACUGUACCGAUGGCGGUAGUGUUUUACCAGUUAAACGAUCGAUCUGCCGCUAUACGAAGACUGUUUAUUCCUCUCUUUGUUUUAAAGAGAACUUGAUGCGUAUUUAUGAUAAACUUUACAACCGUUUUGACGAUUGUGUGUAUUCAUGUAAUGUGAUGGUCAUGGUAUGGUAUUAUGUCGUGUUUGCUUAACAAGGAUGACAGUGAAGUUCUGAGAUCAGCAAGGCACCUUUUGUCACUUUUGAGCAAUCAAAGACAAAGAGCUGAUGGGCCUUCUACUAGCCAGGAUAGUAACAGGCAAAGAUUCCAACCUCAUGGACAAUCAUCUCUUCGCACAGAAAUGACCAGGUCUUUUCCUGGAUUGUUCUCAAAUCGCAGAGGCAAACGACGCUUCACAGAAACAUGUCCUGUGCCCAAGAAACAAAAACCAUUUCAGGUCAUGUUUCACCUACUGCCGACCCAAUGUGAAAGAUCACCCAGUGGUCCAGAUCAACUGCUGCAUGCACAGGCAGGAUUAGGACGCAGAACUGCCACCCUGGAUGAAAACAUGACUCAUCAGGAGCUAUGUGAUACUCUUACUGAGCUGUAUCCAAAACUUGGAGGAGUUACUGGAGGCUGGCUCCUUUAUAAAGCAGCAGGAGGGUGGGGAAUUCGAAAACUCACAAUAGUGGCACCUGCAGACUGUGGGUACACAGGCAGACUUGUGAAAGCUACCAAAGUAGGAGAGAACUCAGUCCUCUACAUAGCUCCUCUUCAGGAUGAGUUAGACACUACUCCCUCGCCUCCAUCUUCUGAAAGUUUCCGCAACAUGCCAAAGGCAGUGUGCAAGAAAUGCAACAUAUUAUACCCCCUACAAGUCCUAACUAAUCAUAUCAAGUCUUGUCCUGAUGUUGUUACGUUGGAUGAUGAUGAUGAAGAAAAACAGGAUGAAGCCCAAGAUGAGGAAAGGGAGUACAGUGACAUCAAUGAAGUCAUGAAAAAUGAACGGGCUGUCUGUCCUAUAUGUCAAGAAAGAAUGCCCCAUGACAUCUUGGAGGUUCAUGCCAGUGAAUGUGGGGAAAGAACAAUUGAUAAUACAAUGAAUGAUACUACCGAAUUGACGUUCAUGGACAAUGAAAUGAACCACAGCACUCAAGUUACAUAUAUGAAUGAUGGUAACUAA